GUUGGUGUAGUGGUGGCAGUAGGAGUGGCCGAAUAUCUGCUGCUUUGCCUGAGUUGUGGUGGAGUCAAAGUUGGUGUCUGCAGCUCGAAAAUUUCCUGUGCUCCGCUCUCAGACGGCGCAGCGAGAGGCGGAGGAGACGCUCACAGGGAGAUGGCCGAGAACAGCUCCGAAAGCAGCGGCUCUCUUCACCGCAGAUGUGUGGCCCACUCCUCGUCGGAAAGAAACAGCACGACCAGUCUCGGAUCGUCUAAAUGGAUCCGGUUAAACGUUGGGGGCACAUAUUUUUUGACAACGAGACAAACGUUAUGUCGAGACCCCAAGUCAUUUCUCUACAGACUGAGCCAAGCUGACCCCGAACUAGACUCCGAUAAGGAUGAAACUGGUGCCUAUCUCAUCGACAGAGACCCCACAUACUUUGGCCCUGUGUUGAACUACCUAAGGCACGGUAAACUGGUGCUCAACAGAGACCUUGCAGAAGAGGGUGUUCUUGAAGAAGCAGAGUUCUACAAUAUCACAUCAUUAAUAAAGCUGAUAAAAGACAAGAUCAGGGAACGUGACUGUAAAACGUCCCAGGUCCCGGUGAAGCAUGUGUACCGGGUGCUGCAGUGCCAGGAGGAGGAGCUGACCCAGAUGGUGUCGACCAUGUCGGAUGGCUGGAAGUUUGAGCAGCUGGUCAGCAUAGGCUCCUCUUACAACUAUGGGAAUGAAGACCAAGCAGAGUUCCUGUGUGUAGUGUCCAAAGAGCUGCACAAUCAAUCAUAUGGGACAAACAGUGAGCCCAGUGAGAAGGCAAAGAUUCUUCAGGAAAGGGGUUCUCGAAUGUGAAGAGUAUUAUGAACUCCAGGUGUUAUGAUGAAAACAUAUCAUCCCUAUGGAAGAACAUUUGGCACAAUGGAGUGUUUAAAGGGGGGUCUAUGUUGUCUUUUCUUGUCCCUCCAUUUGCUUUUUUAUUUCUCAAUGUAAAUAGGUAUGUUUACUGACAAUUUGUGCCUGUCUGUUUAACUGGACCUUUGAAAAGUGUAGAAUUGUAAUUUACUGAUAUUUAAUGCUACAAAGGUGGCCGACUUCAACGGGGCCAACUAUUAACUCAGGGUCAUCUAUUGAGUUUAUUCAUGAUAUCCUUCAGCUCAAGGGUCUGGUAAGGGAUUGGGCUGGUCUUUUAUAACUCAAGAAUCAAAACUUUGAACAAAAUAAGACAUUAAGAAGGGACAUGUUCAUAUUUAUGCAGGUAAAUGUGAAUUCUCUCCCUCACAAACUGUUAAAAACACAAGUUAUAUCUAUGGCAUGUCUUUGUUUCCAGCAUGUCUUGGCACAGACUUAAUAGAAAAAAACUGGACACCAAGUAUUGCUGUUGAGAUGGGUGCGUAUUUUUGUCCACUGUAUGUACAGGGGGGCAUUAUUUAAAGUUUUCUGGCACCCAUACAAAUAUUUUAUUCUGCAACAAAAAAGGAAAAAUGACAGUGAUGGAUCCUUCACUCUUAUUCUCAAAUUGAGAUAUUUUGUUAAAAUAUAAAAUGUGUUUAAAAUGUGUCAUGCCAAGGUACUUGGCAGUGGAAAAAAUAUGAACAUUGUCUUGAUUGGUUUCUUGAUUAGUUUCUACGGUGACUUUCAAAAUUUUUGCUUGAGGGAAUAUCAUUAACCUUUCUGGGGCUGAGGGCAAAUUGAGGACUGGAAAUGUUCAAAGGCAGUGGUGAAGGAAAUUGUGAUCAUAUCUAAGAAAACUUGAUGUAUAUAAUUCAAGAUCAAUAUUAAUAUUUAACUCUUAAACUGCACGUUUUGUACACUGUAUAGAAAGCGUAACUUCAUUAGAAGUUCUUUAUACUGGAUCUUUGAUUAUGAAAAAAAUAGUUUUAAAUUCUGUUUUGCAUUGUUUGUACAGGUCUACAAAUUUCGGAUUUAAGGUUUGAUGCUGAGUGUCUUUCAGCAUGAACAUGCCUGAGACAUGUUUUGAUACCAAUAACAAAGCUAAACCUGGCUGGCUAUGAAGUUGACUGUUACAUUUAAAAGUGUCUUUUGUUCUGGGUGAGAUAAGAAUUUCUUAUAAGCAUUUUAGAUUUGUUGGUUUAUAAGCAGCAUUACAGCACUGCAGUGAAUUAUCACUGUACACAUUGCUAAUAGCUUGUAAUGUCAUUGUAAAUAGUGCAUUUUGAAACACUUUUAAGAGUUGUUUUAAGGUUUUGAUGUGUUUUUAUAGGUUCAUCGUACAUUCACAAGUGGUAAUCAUUUACUGUUGCCUUUCCCCUGGUUGACCAAAAUCCAAUGUCUUAUGUGUAUUGUGCACAUUGAUCAGUGUCAGGGAUAAGUAGUUUUUUGUUGUUGUUUUUUUUUCUUAAUGCUGGCACACAUUGUACAUUUAGUUAAUGGCAAACAUUUGCUGAAUACACAGCUGUUUUUAUAGUCUGAGAUACAAGUAUGAGAUGCAUGUUUGAUAUAAACAUAUGUACACAAAGACACAAGGGCUUUUAAAGUGAAAGAUUGGAGAGGAUGAAUCAGACUGGAUUUCCUGUCAGAGCUAGGCUAUGUUUACAUUUGCUAUAGUAUUCUGAAGCCUUCCAGUUAACACCGUCUUGCACUCCCUCACACAUGUUGAUACAAGUCUGACUUGUGUGACUUUACUGCAGCUAGCACUCCCAUCUGUACUGAUAUGUACAUCUUUGACCAAUUAUCAGUUUUAGCGGCCUAUGCUAGAGCGUUGCAGACAAUCGUGCAAUCUGCCCCAUCAAUGGCAGACUCAGUCUUAGUUGUGACAGAUGUAUGUUGGCUUAGAGUAGCAGUUUGUUCAUGUAGGUUUUAUAAAACUGUAUUGCAACGACAUUUAAUGUUUAUUUGACUUCCUUGUCUUGUAGAUGUAUUACAGGGAAAAUGUUUUACAAAUAAUUUGCCCUGUAAUACAAAUAUGGCCCUCAGCCUGUUGUCUUGUUCAGGUUUUCCCAUGGAUUAUCAUUUAAUGUGAUGGGUAUACUUAUAAAAAUCUGUAGCCUAAUACUUUUAAGUGCCCACCUCUGCAUUAAAGUCAUAAGCCACAGA